CAGUCCUGGCGUGGCUAUUCAAGUGUUAGGUUGCGCAUGAGAGGUGCGCGACGUCAUUGCGAUCCAGGAGCAGGCAGAGAGUGGGGCAGUGGAUGACAAUGAUGGCCGCCACCAGCGAUGAACGGAGUGUUAUGGAGCCAGCGAGGACGAAUUCGGGGCAGAAUCAGCCCAUAGAUCGGCUGAAGUUGCUGUAUCCGAUGGUGAACGAGGAGGAGACGCCGUUACCGCGCUCUUGGAGCCCGAAGGACAAGUACAACUACAUAGGCCUGUCGCAAAACAAUCUCCGCGUUCAUUACAAAGGUUACGGUAAAACUCACAAAGACGCUGCCAGUGUUCGCACAACGCACUCCAUACCAGCAGCCUGUGGCUUGUAUUAUUUCGAAGUGAAAAUCGUAAGCAAAGGACGCGAUGGCUACAUGGGCAUCGGUCUCUCAGCACAUGGUGUCAACGUGAACAGGUUGCCGGGUUGGGACAAACAUUCAUAUGGUUACCACGGCGAUGACGGCCACAGCUUUUGCUCGUCCGGUACAGGUCAGCCUUACGGGCCGACCUUCACUACCGGUGACGUGAUUGGCUGCGGCGUCAAUCUGGUUGACAACACCGCAUUCUACACGAAGAAUGGACAUCACUUGGGUGUCGCCUUCACAGACCUUCCUCCUAAUCUCUACCCGACGGUCGGUCUGCAGACUCCGGGUGAAGUCGUAGAUGCCAAUUUUGGACAAGCACCAUUUGUUUUCGAUAUUGGAGAUAUGAUCAACGAAUUGCGUGUCCGAACAAGAUUACAGAUCAUAAACUACCCCACACCGGAUCAUGGUCAGGGCCAAUGGCAAGAAGUUCUUCACAAAAUGGUGUCCACGUAUCUCGUCCACCAUGGAUAUUGCGCCACUGCUGAAGCGUUCGCCAACAGCACAGACCAAGUGUUUGAGGAGGACUACAACUCGAUCAAAAAUCGACAGAGGAUUUUGAAACUGGUCCUAGCCGGACGGAUGGGUGAAGCGAUAGAGUUAACUAGUCGAUUAUACCCUGGACUCCUCGAUAGGGAUCCUAAUCUAUUGUUCGCGCUGAAAUGCCGUCAGUUUGUUGAAAUGGUGAACGGCAGUGACUCAGAAGUCUGUCAGAGCGGCAACGGUGUUAAUCAAACGAGCGUGAUACAGUCGACCAAAGCGUACGCGAAAUCCUCGGUGAACAGUAACGUAGAAGAGAUGAAUAUCAGUAACACGAUGAACGGCAACAGCGGCCAGCAGUUUGUCAACGGCCAAAUAGAGGAUGACGUUGACAUGGAGGAAAGCGGCGUUAACGUCGUGAAUGGUGUCAAAAACGGAUAUCAGAAUAGUAAUGCGAACUCGAAUGGGUACAAGUGUCAAAACGGAGAGGAUGUAGAUAUGGAAGAAAUCGAUAGUGCCAAUCAAAGCCAGCAACAGCAACAGCAGCAGCAACAACAACAGCAGCAGCAGCAACAACAGCAGCAGCAAAACGGCGACUGCAGUAUCAGCGCCGACAAUACGACAAAUAAAAGUAACAAAAAGCAAUUAUGCGGCGGUAAUAAGCAGGCAAUUGAGAAGAUGUUGGAGUUUGGUAGACAAUUGUACUCGCAAUCAAUACACCUGAGGCAGCAGCAUGGGAAAAACGAGAGCAAUAAAAAGAUGCUGCAGGACGCUUUCAGUCUCUUAGCGUACGCCAAUCCAUGGAAUUCGCCGGUCGGCUGGCAGUUAGAUCCGCAACAGAGGGAAACGGUCUGUGCAAGGCUGAACUCUGCUAUACUUGAGUCUAGCAAUCUUCCACGUCGACCACCAUUGGAAGUUGCUGCGUCUCAUGCUAGGGAACUUGUUCGGUUGAUGUCGAGUGCUGGGCUGGGAGCAUGCGGAUUCGCGGUAGUAGAUAAUAUUAUCCAAUAUUGACGGUGCCUACCUCUGCUACCACGUCCGCCUCUUCUACCAGCGCGAGUUUGGAUGCGGAGGCGGAACGUGGAGCAGAUUAUUCUGUUAACGCAGCAACAUCGCGAUGUCGCGUGCCUCUUCAGCUAGAGCAGCCGGAUUCAUCGGUGCCUUGGCUCGAUCUCACACCACAGACACGACACAAGGUGAACGCUCAGACCUGCCAACCAAAAUGACACCUCAUGAAUUUUUAGCUUAAAUCGGAAGGAAGGUCACUUUGGAUUACGCCGACCAAGAGCGAGAGAAAAACGGCAGUCGAUGCUGAUCCUCCGUUCCCGGCGAUCGGUCGUCGCGCGACCACGGCCGGCCACAAAUACGUUUUUUUGACAUGUUGUGACUUUAUAUUACUUUCUGAAAAAUCCCUUUAUUUUUCUCCCCUUUUUACCUUCUUUUCUUUUAUAUAGACGUCAGCUUACCUUCGUUUUGCAAACCUCUCAGAGAACGUUAAUCCGCGAUUAACAGUGCGUUAUCCAGAAAUUCGCGUCGUAUAGUUCAUCCGCCGACAUCUGUGAAUUAUCAUUCACGUUGAUGAAAUUGGUAAGCUGCGACUGUGCAAUACACGACACGAGAUUUCGAAACGCGAAAGUACCGUUGUCGGUGAUAAAUCCUUUGUAUGUGUAGUCAAAGUCAAUUCGAGUCAACGACACUUUGCCGUACGUAGGAGAAAAAGAAAGAGAGAGAGAGAAAGAAAGAAAGAGAGAUAGAGAAUGUCAUUCUUAUGAUCACAUCGAUGGCAUUCUCGUAUAUUCUAAGUAUAACGCACGAGGGUAACGCGUAAAAUCAAAUUUAGUUGCAUUUAAAAUGCGAAUUGUGUCAGGGUGAUACUAUGUGAAGAAAGACGAAGAAUUGAUCGAACACACACCGGUUUCAGGUGUAGCCAAAUUUACUGAUGGUCCAUCGCCAUGGAGGGGGUGACAAAUGACGUGUAUAUAUCAGUAAUAAUAAUAAUAAUAAUAAUAAUAAUAAUGUGUUUCGUUCGCUUCGGAGAAAUCGAUCGCACGAGUCGAGACUAAUCUCUUCCGUGUAAAAUUCAUAUGACUUGACUCGACGGAGCCGGUACCAAAUUCUUCACGCGCAACGCAAACGAUAGAAUUAUCUCGUUUCUUUUCCUCUUGCUCCGACAUCGUUUCUAUGAUCAUUCUCGAUUCUUUGUAUUCCCGAUUUUUCGUGAUUGUUCUGGGAGCGGCGGACGCAUGUUCAUUUUAGAGAUGGACGAGAUCUUACGUUUAUAUAAAUAGUUGCGAGAAACAAAACAAAAAAAAAAACAAGAAACAAAAACUUAACUAAGGAACGAUCUUGUACUCUAUACUAAGUAAUUGUUUUUUAUAUGCGACAUAGUAUAUUAUUAUAUUAUAUAUUAUUAAAGGAGAAAAAAAAACAGAAAAUCGUAUGCAGCUAGGCGUAAGCGUGCGUUUAAAUACAAUAAUUUACUAUAUAUACAAAGAAGAUGGAGAAGAAGAGAAGAAAAGGAAAUCAUAUUAAUUAAAGAUAGAAUUACUCGAAUUAAAUGAUUUUUAGUGUUAUUGUUUUAUGUACUAUAGAUAGAGCUAUGAUAAUGAAUAUGUGCGAAUACAGCAAUGAUUUGGCCAAGUGGGUUUUAAUAAGUCAUUUUGUUUUUUCGUUGCGCGCAUGUUGUUGGUUGUUAUCGCGAGUAUUUCGUCAGGACGUGUUUGUUAGUUCUCAAUCUACGACCUAUGGUGUGUGUGUGUGUGUGUGUGUGUGUGUGUAUGUGUGUAUGUGUGCAUAUAUGUAAGUGUGUGUGUGUAUAUCAGUCAAAGCUGAUUUUCGGAAGAGAAAAGUGACUCGUUAUUGUUACACUUCGAUUCGUUAGAGUUACGCGACCGGCGGCAAAUCGAUCUCCUGUCCUCUUGCCCUUUUAUCCCCGCCCCCUCUGUCCCGGUUCACAUUCUUGUAUCGGACCAGUUGAAUUCAUCGACUCGAUCGACGACGUAUGAUUUAGCGACGACAUCAAGACGCGCUUGCUCGAGAGCAACAACAUCGUCUGCGUUCGUGCGUUCUUGCGCCCUCUGACCUUCGUUCGCGCCCUUCCAGUCGCGUUAGCUCCCGAAUGUGUCGUUUUGCCCCAUACUUGUCUGCUAAGUCUUUCGAAUAUACUUUCGAAGUUGCAUAUUUUAGGUAAUAAAGAUACAUUGUAAUA